UUGACGGUCGCAGUACGCGUGCGGCCUCUCUUGCCCGAGGAGGCUCAGCGCGGCUGGUCCUCUUUGGUGGACUGUCUGGGCGGCAAGGUCGUCGUCCUGAAUGACCCACAUGCCAAUUCAGAGGAUGUGCUGCGCCGCAAUCGCAGCCAUGAGCGCCGGUUUGCAUUUGAUCACGUCAUGGAUGGACAGGCCUCCCAGAAGGACGUCUAUGUUGCCGUUGGUCGACCCCUGCUCAAGGCCUUUGUCGCUGGCUACACUUGUUGCUGCUUCGCCUACGGACCGACAUCUGCUGGGAAAACCUACUCCAUGCUGGGUACAGCUCAGGAACCUGGCUUGAUGAUGCGGACGCUCGUCGAUCUCUUCAAGCUUGUCGACAAACGCAAAGACACCUACAACUUUGAGGUACUCACCUGUGCCGAGCUGACUCAUGUGAUGAAAGAGCUGGUUCGAGGCAACCAACGCCGUACGCAGGAAGCCACAGCUGCCAAUGCCACGUCCUCACGCUCCCACGCAAUUCUCCUCCUGAGUCUGCGCUCCUCACCCCGCGAAAAAAAUACAACCCAAGUCUAUCGGGUCUCGACGUUCUUCAUGUGCGAUCUGGCAGGCUCGGAGCGCGCUGCCAACACUCAAAACACGGGCAUUCGGAUGGUUGAGGGACAGCAUAUUAAUCGAUCCCUCCUGGCUCUGGGAAACUGCAUCAACGCGCUCAGCAACCCAAAUGCCAGAGACCGCUACACCAACUUCCGUGAUUCAAAGCUUACCCGCCUCCUCAAAGAGGCCCUCAGUGGCAACUGCCGGACAGCCAUGAUUGCGCACGUCAGCCCUGCAGAUUUCCACUUUGAAGAAAGCUACAACACUCUGAAUUACGCCAACCGCGCAAAGUCCAUCAAAACG